AUGUUGCUCAGGCAGAGCCCAGGACAGAACAGGCAGCCUUCUGGACCAGUACUCAGACCCAGGAUCAGUCCAGCCUUCUCAAAACUGGAGACCCUCUCCCCACAACGUCUCUCGCCUCCGCCGCAUGUCCCCCUCAGUGACAUGUACCCCGAAGAGAGCCGGGGUUCUGGAGGGGUAGCCACUGUGGACUUCCUGGAAGGGACGUACGACUAUGCUGCCCCCACUCCUGCUCCGACUCCUCUCUACAGCCACUCCACCACUGGCUACUACUCUGCUCCUCUGGAUGCCCACGGACCACCCCCUGAUGGCAGUCUUCAGUCCUUGGGCAGCGGGCCUACCAGUCCUCUUGUGUUUGUGCCCUCCAGUCCCCGACUCAGCCCCAUUAUGCACCCGCCCAGCCACCACUAUCUGGAAACCACCUCAACACCCGUCUACAGGCUUUGUUAUAGGUCCAGUCAGCAGCCAGCAUUCAGAGAGGACCAUUGUGGCACCAGUGACGAGUCAUACAGUGUGGGGGAGUCAGGUGCUGGGUCUGGGGCCGGACUGUUUGAGAUGGCUAAAGAGACACGCUUCUGUGCCGUGUGCAGUGACUAUGCCUCUGGGUACCACUACGGGGUGUGGUCCUGUGAGGGCUGCAAGGCCUUCUUCAAGAGAAGCAUCCAGGGUCACAAUGACUAUAUGUGCCCAGCAACCAAUCAGUGUACUAUUGACAGGAAUCGGAGGAAGAGCUGCCAGGCUUGCCGUCUUAGGAAGUGUUACGAAGUAGGCAUGAUGAAAGGAGGUAUGCGUAAGGACCGCAGCCGUGUUCUGCGGCCUGACAAACGACGGACUGGUACCAGUGACAAAGAUAAGGCCUCUAAGGACCAAGAGUACAGAAGGGUGCAUCUCCAGGAAGGGAGGAAACACAGCAGCAGCAGCAGCAGUACUGGAGGAGGAAAAUCAUCGGUCACUGGCACACCACCGGACCAGGUGCUUCUGCUGCUCCAGGGUGCAGAGCCCCCAAUACUGUGCUCCCAUCAGAAGCUGAGCAGACCCUACACCGAGGUCACCAUGAUGACCCUGCUCACCAGCAUGGCUGACAAGGAGCUGGUCCACAUGAUCACCUGGGCCAAGAAGCUUCCAGGUUUCCUGCAGCUGUCCCUCCAUGAUCAGGUGCAGCUGCUGGAGAGCUCGUGGUUGGAGGUGCUGAUGAUUGGGCUCAUCUGGAGGUCCAUUCACUGCCCUGGCAAACUCAUCUUCGCACAGGACCUCAUACUGGACAGGAACGAAGGCGACUGUGUUGAGGGCAUGGCUGAGAUCUUUGACAUGCUGCUGGCUACAGCUUCCCGCUUCCGCAUGCUCAAACUCAAACCUGAGGAGUUUGUCUGUCUCAAAGCUAUCAUCUUGCUAAACUCUGGUUCUUUCUCUUUCUGCACUGGUACAAUGGAGCCACUACAUGACGGCACGGCGGUACAGGACAUGCUGGACACUAUCACAGACGCUCUCAUACAUCAUAUCAGCCAAUCAGGAUGCUCUGUUCAGCAGCAGUCCAGACGACAGGCCCAGCUGCUCCUCCUGCUCUCCCACAUCAGGCACAUGAGCAACAAAGGCAUGGAGCACCUCUACAGCAUGAAGUGCAAGAACAAAGUGCCUCUGUACGACCUGCUGCUGGAGAUGCUGGAUGCUCACCGCCUCAACCGCCCUGAAAAACCAGCUCAGUCCUGGUUCUUGGCUGACAUAGAGCCCUCUACCACCAGCAGCAGCAGCAACAACAACAACAACAACAACAACAACAACAAUAACAACAACAACAACAACAACAGCAGCAGCGGUUCCUCUUCAGCUGGCUCCAGUUCAGGACCCCGAGGUAGCCAUGAGAGCCUGAGCAGAGCCCCGACAGGUCCAGGUGUCCUGCAGUACGAGGGUCCUGCUCCGACUGCACCCACAUCCUAUGAGACCGAGUGCAACAAGUACGUCUGAAGGUCAAGUCAUUUUUAUGAAUGAUGUGUGUAGUGCAGAAUGAAAGCGAUAAUGAGAUAAUUAUUUAUAAAUUAAAUGAUUUUUUUUGUCCUAGCUGUUUAGGGAGAAAAUAUUCCUUUGCACUGGUCCAAUUUACUACAAUCUGAGCUUCAGUGCUGUUAAUCUUGUAUGCUGCCUUUCAGAAGAUCUGUGAUUUUGACUCAGUCUUUAACAGAUUUACAUUACAGCUAUUUCUAAAAUGGCCAGUGUUAGGUUUUAUUGUGACAUUCUGUUACCUAUGGUGAUUUCAAAUGAUGAGCAGCUAAUUUUUCUUUUCAUUUGCCUCAACCAAAGUGCACUUCCUCUUGGAUUUAAAGGACUAUUGGGCAUUAUUUUUACUUUUACACGUAAAGAGUGAUUACAAACUAACCUAUUAUAAAAGUGGUUAACUGAAUGUGUAAUUUAUUUACACCAUUAAAGACUAAAUGACAGGUAUUGUGUCUUAACACACACAAUUUUAAACUUGAUGUAUUUGGGAAAAAAUAUUUAAAUUAUAAAAUUAACAGUGGCUGAGGACAUAAUUGUUAAAUUUUGAAUACCUAAAUUUGCAUGAUCAAAUCCUAGAACGCUGUGUACAUAAUGAAGGAAGCCAAGCUUUACUGUCGGGUAACUUCACCCGUGUACUUUUUGUGUACAGUAGGUUUGUUCUCUAUGCUUACUAGCACCAAAGUUUUUUUCUGAAUUUGUAAUGUGGUGUGUUUGUGUGUGUGUGUGAGUGUGUGUGUGUGGCAGAGAGAGUCAGAGGCAAUGAGCCAUUAAUGGCUCCAAGCUGAUUUGAUGCAUAGAUCUUUGUCUUGAUGCAUUUGUCCAACAUUUCAACCAUGUAAAAAUUACAACCAGUUAUUAUUCAUCCACUAAUUCUGUGAUUUCAUGUUGAGUUUGGCUGGAUUUACACACCUCCAGGAACCGAAAUAACAUAAUGUACUGUAUGUGCACAUAUGCAAUAGUUUUAUUCCUCUUUAAAUGGACCAAAUUUGAUCCAAUUGUACAGAAGAUAUCUGAUAUUGACAUGAUCGGGUGUGAUUGUUUUGGUUUAAAAAUGUCUGAAAAUAGUGAGAUAUGUCCCCAGAGCCAAGUGACAUAUUUAAACAGCUUUUUGAUUUUAGUCCAACCGACAAUCUAAAACCCAAAUGUUUUCAAUUUACUAUCACAAACGACAAAGCGAAGUAGAAAAGAUAUGUUCAGACACGAAGACCCCUAGGACUGUUUGUGUUUGUUUGCCCCAAACAGUCAAUGUACAAAUUCUGUUAGCUGAAAGUUAGCCAGCAACACAAAUACUGACCGUGUCUCUGAGAAUGUGACUGUUUUAGUUCAGCUCAGCCUCUGACUGAACUCAGACCUCGCUAGAAUCUCCAGUUCUUUCUGGUUCCUUCUUUCAGUCGCUCUCUCUCCAAUCAACAACCAAGGAGAAAAAAAUGUAAUUUGAAAAAUGUCCAAAUGGUUUAAGUCUAUAUUACAUUAUAAUUCAACACAGGUCACAAUUAUUAAAACUAGUUCUGUAUGAUAAGAAGACACUGCUCCUAAUUGAAGCUGCUUUCUGCUUGUUUCAAGAUAUUGUGUAAGCAUGUAUUUAGUGCUGAUGUCUCAUCACUGCAGAGUAAUUAGCGCAGCCGAUUUGUAAUAUGUUAAAUAACUGGAAUAACUCUCUAACUCAGUACGGUUGACCACAGACAUUAAAUAUAUUGUGAAACUGGCCGACAGUUGACUGACACGUAGAUAUUGCAAGUAAUUAAAAUGUAUUUUGCCAGGGUAGAAGCGAUAAACAAAAAGUUAAGUUGUCCAGUCUGAUGCCAUUUACAGAUGUAUUUGGAAAACCUCCAUAUAUAACCAUGAUCAGAAAAUUGGAUUUGGCCACUUGAGCCGUUCAGUGUAAAUCCAGUCAAACCUGACUGUCAUUUGUUUACUGUGCAUAAAAAUAAAAGUAUCGAUUGG